AUGGCAAUCACAGGGGUGGGCGAAGGAGGGGGGCAGGCGGCGAACCAACCCGCGGCAAGCAAUGGGCACGUCCAACUGAGGCAAGGGCAGCUUGCCAGAGUGGACCCGGACGUCUAUCCAGCAGCCACCGCAGCACCCGCGCAAGAAGCCACCAAAAAGCACAAGCCCAACCGGGAGCAGGACAGCUGGGGGGCAACCACGGCGAACACGUAUAUCCAUGCGGCCCUGGAUGCACUGCAGUCGCACAACCACACACACGCAGCCACCAGCACCAACCACAGCACGGCUGAAGCCACGGCGCUAGCAGCAAGCCGGCAGCACCUCCGCACGGCCCUGCAGGCUGCUGAGGCAGGGAAGGAGGUGGCUCGGGGGGGUCAGAAGGACGAGCAGCUGGGAGCGGGGGAAGCGGAACAAGAGCUGCUCAUAGCGGCCAGCUACCCGGGGCAUGGGCAAGCUUCGCACCACCUGCAACAAGCACAGUACCACAUGGAAGCAUGCCUGGGGGCGGAGGCGAGCGCGCUGGAAGUGCAGGUGGGAAAGGCGCUCCAGGCCAUCGAUGACUGGAGCACGCAGCUGUGGGGGGACGACACACCUGCAGGGGGGCCGGCGGAGGAGGGGCGAGAAGAGAACUACGAUGGUGGAGAAGACGGAGCACUACUACAUGAUCGUGACAAUGGCACUGAGGAGAUUGCGGCAACCUGUGCAGGUGGGGAAACGAGGGUGGAGGGUGAAGGAGGGGAACUUGCAAGCCACACAAGCCACGCAGCCCUGGACACCACCGCCACUGGGGCCUCUAGCCAGACUACAAGAACCGAUGAGGCGAAGAUGGGAGGCACAACGGCGGCGACGCACAAGGGCGGCUGGGCCAAUGGAACUGAGAGGUGCCGGCAAGUCGAGUUCCUCCUCCGCCUGUGCAAGAGGUGCCAGGCCCUUCUCGCGCUGCCAUUGGAUGCCACACUGGCACUGCCCCAUCCCGGCGAGUUUGCACGGAAUCGUCUCUGGAAAGGGCUCACUGCGGCAGACAGCAAGCUCGCAGCUCAGGCUCGCCACCGGCGGCGCCUGGCAGCGCGGGAAAACUGCUUUCCGCUGGGCCGGUUCGCAGAGCAGCAGGGCCUCGCUCGCGAAGGGUGCACGAGGGGAAUCUGCUCGGCGACCAAGCUGCUGCCGUCCAUUCUGAAGGAUUGGAAGGUGCUUCGCCGGGAGUGCGGGGCUGCAACCCCAUGCAUGCGGGAACUCCGCAACUGCCAAGAAGGUGUUGAGGAAUUCCUAUCUGACGCCACAAUGGCCAUCGCACGGCUGCUGCGCCUCUCUCCGGCAAAGAUCCGGCAGCGUGUGCGCCAAGCAGUUCAGCGGGACUGGCAGGUGAUGCGUCCGCAGCACCAGCUCCUCUUCGCGGCCACGGCGGCUCAGCGAGCACUGAGCCGGCCUCCUGCGCGGGGGUGCGAGGCGGCCCUGCGAGUCCUGCGAGGGCCCGGGCCGAGGCUUGCCUCCUCACGACCUCCGUCGGAAGAUCUCCGCGAAGUGCUGCGGAGGGCGCCGGCCUCCAGCGAGCUCUACGGCCAAGGCUCUGAUGCCACGUUUUCGCACCCCUUCGUCAAGGAGCUGCUUCGAGAAGCGCAGGCCCGAGUCUCCUGGGACAACUGGGUGAUCUGUGUGCGCACCUACGCGAGGCCCGAGAACCUGAUGUCGCAGACGAUGAAGCUCUUGCGCUGCGCUGGGCUCUUCGAGCUCCGGGACAGAGUCCACGUUUUCUGCUCCCAUGAAGACCCAGACUUCCUUUCGGGUCGCUAUGAGGAGGUGUUGGGGCAGCUUCGAGACAGGAUCAUUGUGGGCGUGAAAGGAGCUGACUUGCAGGUCCGCUUCAUCGAGGAGUGCUUCCUCCCCGGCCAACAUGUGGUGGUGAUGGAUGACAACUUGCUCCGCUUCGUGCGCCACGAGGCCGGGGAGGAGCUGCCCGGGGACCUCGUGGCCACUAUCGACGGCGCCGCCGCGGCGCUGCACCGCUUCCGAGCCAACCUCUGGGGCAUCUCGCCGACCAGCAACAAGACCUUUCUCAAGGAGGCGCCGGAGAUCAGCACCAAUCUGGGCCUGGUCUAUGGCGCCUUCUUUGGCUUUCGAGUCCUCCAUGACCCGGAGCUCUACACCCGCUUCGGCCAGGUGAAGGAUGAUUUGGAACGCACUCUACGCUACUGGCAUCGAGAUGGUGUUCUCGUGAGAUUCCGGCGAAUGUCCUGCACAAAGGCUCAAAGACCUGGUGUUUAUUCGAGCAAGAAGGGCGGCAUUUCUGCGAGUGUCGGGGCAUACGGCCACAAGCAGCAGGGGGACUUCGCACUUGCACGCCUGUCUAAAGGCUUUUCGCAGUACAUCCGCUUGCCCUCUUGCGAAUUCGAUCAGAAGAGGGACCCGACUACAGGACAACUUCUGUUUCUCUCGAGCAAGAAGCCCCGCUGGAAGGAGGGGUCUCAUGUCGCAGACUGUGGCGUAGUUUGGAUUCGAAGGAAGAGUCCAUUGCUGAACUCUGGGCCUUGGGCAUCGGCCCCUGCAGGCAGAUCGCUGAGCGCCGGCUUCUGCUGCAAGCCAUGCCGUGGAGAAGCAGACGGCCAAUGCACUAAAUGCAGCUGCAUUUCACCAGUCCAGGAGGAAGCCCGGCAGCUUUUCUUUGCUGAGGGCCUGGAGGCUGUCCGGGCGCUUGCGAGGCUUUUGGGCAAGCCGAACAACGAGAAGCGCGCAACUCGUGCGCUGGAGCGCGAGUGGCACCGGCUUCCUCCGCGGCAGCGAGGGAAUAUGGAGGCGCUUGCAGCACGGGACUUCGAGCAGAAGCAGUGGUGCGUGCUGUGCCCCCAGGCCCAGGAUACCCUGAACAGCGCAGCGCCGGACGCCUCGGAUGCCAUCUUAACCACAAGGACUUCGCAACCAAAGCGUCGUUGCCAAGUCCACCGACCUCCCAAGAGAGCACGCAACGGGGAGUGGCCAGAAUCUGCAAAACAGAGAAAAAGAGAUAGCAAUAUUGGAUGCUCCUUGUGA